UUGACGCUGUUCAAUGUUCCACUUACGCCGACUCUAGAUUUCCUACCAUUUACCACUGUGAGGUGGGUGUAACAAGGUGCUAUCUGUCCCUGACUGCUACAAGUACAGAACCUUCCUGUGUAGUGAACAUAAUUGAUUGUAGGCACAAUGUGCGCUUACUUUACACGUUCUUGGUGCCAUGUGGUAUUCACUGCGUGAUACAUGGAAUAGGCCCCACAGGUGACACAACAACCUCCAACGACUGUUAUUUACACACAGGGACAACGAGCGACUCGCGCAUACCUUACUGCAGACCAGUAGCGCAUCGGCAGAGCGAUACUCGUUUCUGUUGGACAUCGGCAAAGCAAGCAGUUGCUCCGAGUGAUGUUCUGAAAUCCGUCUAUAGACUACCGGCUGUCAUUCAAUAAAGCGGCUCGGUGUCCCAACGUUAUCUGGUUGGAAGCUUCUUAUCAAGUUGUUCUAUUCAAUAAAAGAACAUUGCCUCGCAGGGCGGUGCUGGCGUAGUAUCGGCGAUGCUGCCGUUUAUGACACUCGUUGUGUGAGUGUUGUCUUGGUGGAAAAAAAACUAUACCGGAGCAAGCAGAGGACGGUUUCGAAAGUUGCGCCGGUUGGACUUUGGAGUACUUUAAAUCUUCUCUUCUUGACAUUCUCUAAUACCUGAUUAUGUGUAUUUCUCGUAGGCUUAGGUGGGAGUUUGCACAGCGACGAAGCCCCAAAGCAACUGUUUCAGCAUUUUGAGGACAUACGUGAUACUUCCAUUGGAUAUAUAUUAACGAUACUAGAAGGACUGCAUUUGUGAAACAGUUUGAAGAUUAUAUUCCCCUUUAUUGAAACAGAAGCGUUUACAGCAGACUGAUAGAAUUCAUUUCUUUCUCACUCUAACUUCACCUUCUACCUAUGAUACACACCUUGCGAACACAGACACUUGCGAAAGGAAGACCUUUUAUAUGCCCCAUCUUAGACAUAGUGGACAAGACAAGUUUGAAGCAGACGACACCGUUGUCCGACUGGAAGGGCAGCAGCAGACGAGAAGAUGUCAACUCUCCUGAAGCAAAUGAUCCGUUGAUUCGAGCAGCUUCGCUUCUUCGGUAUGCAAGGACGAUGAUUUGACGGCUUAGCAGUACCGAACUCAGUUCCCCCUAGGACUAGCCUCAUCAUGUCGAAUCUAUCAUCGGAUGCCAACACAUCGGAUACAGGAGAGACGGUGGAGGUGUCCAAGAGUGCUCAGCACGCCGUCAUCUGCAUCCUCAUGGUGUUGUCCGUGUUCGGCUCUAUUGGAAAUGGCCUUGUCCUGUACGUGUUCUCCAAGAAGGUUGAUAAAGUGACAUCCACCAUCUUCAUCCUGGCACUGGCUGGAGCCGAUUUUGUCACAUCUCUUGUCAUCAUGCCAUUCACAGCUGUCAACAUUCUUUUGGACGACUGCUUAAAAUAUGACUUCAUCUGUAAACUGUACCAAUUUUUUAUCACCUGCAAUGUUCCACUGUCGUCAUUCCUUAUGGUGGCCAUAGCCGUUGACCGUUACCUGUGUAUCUGCCAUCCGUUUGUUCGCGCAAUGACCCCGGCCCGAGCAAGAAUGUCUAUUAUGUGCCUUAGUCUCUUUGCCUUCCUCCUAGGCUCAAUAACAUCUUUGGCUUACGGGGUUGUAGAACCUAGAACUGUCAUAAACAGUGCCAGUAACAUCACCAACACAUCUGAAGUCACGAGUGAUGUAUACCCCGGAAGUGACGACAACUCCACGACAGCGGAAGUAACAGAAUAUGUGUAUACCGGGAAAUGCUUCCCCAAUAUGAUCAUCCUAAGUCGUGAUUUUCUUAUGAAUUAUCAGAAGGUGUAUGCUUCUUUUUUCCUUAUAUCCGUCGUGAUUGUUUCCAUUUUGUAUGGUCUAAUAUAUUAUUCCGUGACCCAAAGACGAAAAUGGCGUUGGAGACAAAAGUCAUUAAAACCGUCGAUGAAGUCAAUGACGACGUGUCAUACCGACGUUGAAACCGUCGAACUCCACAAAACAGACAAAAACGGCGUUAAUGCUGAAGAGGAUCCGGAGGAGAAACAACAGCUUAACCAUCGGAAGCGUCCGAGUGGUCGAGAUAAAAAGGAUUAUAACCGACUGGCAAACAUUCGCACAGCCGCUAUGUUGUUUGUAGUCACAACGGUGUUUAUAAUUGCUUUUCUGCCUGCAUGGCUGAUGGCUCAUAGGUUAAUAGGAUACAAUAUUGUUGUGUUUUAUAUGUACUUUGUCUACAGUGUUGCCAAUCCCGUGAUUUAUGCGUUCAUGAACGUCGCCUUUCGAAAGGAACUGAAAGAAGUAUUUACAAAAGGGAGUUCAUGCACACGUUAAACAUCUUGGACUGCGCAGAGACCGAGACUUCGAUAUGGGAUCGUGCUUAUCUCACACGCUGAUCGUAGCAAUGACAUUUCACGCACUGGAGUUACGUGUGUACUGUUAUUUAAGCUGUUGAGCUCUUUAAGCUUUUAACUAUAAACAUGACCUUGGAUACGAUGCCCCUUCCAACAGAGGACAUGAGAUGCGUGCGCAAGAAGUAAUAAUUCGAACAGUUCAGUAAAAUAUCAAACGCCUUUGAUUGAUGUGACUUUUAUGUUCCAUCAGAAAUCGCUAUCAAUAUGGUUCCAGCGGACCAGUGAUCCUGGGAAGACCUGCGUGUACAGCAACUUUGGCAUGUAUACCUUUAUUAUGUGUUACCGUGUCUAUCCCAUGCUACAGACCGUGCUAGCAAACAUAAAUCCAGAUGUAUAUUGCUUUUUAUCCUGUAUACAUAAUAAUAUUUAUGACAUAAAGUCAUCACUUCCUGUGACCUCAGCCAAUCAAAAACGCUCUCAACUGACCCCACUUCUCGUUGAAUUUUGGCCUUCAGACACAUAUUUCAAAUCAAAAUUGGGUUUUGAUUGGCCGAGAACACACACGUGGGACUGCGCAUGCGUUAUCAAUAGACAGUAUGUGGUUAUUGUGAGCGCUGCAGUUAGGCUGCCAGAAGCCCUAUGCAAAUAAGCAAUGUACAAUAAUGUAAAUAGCCAAUAGUUGUUGCAUGUGAUAAGUCAAUUAAACUGUGUCGGUACA